AUGACAGAGCGCAUCACCUAUGAUUCCACAACAUUACAUCAGCAUGAUUUCCACAGCCCAUCACAGGAUGACAGCCCAACACAAGGUGAUAGAAUAUCGCAAGGCAACAGCAUAUCACAGGAUGAUAGUACAACAAAGAAUGACAUCACAUCACAGGAUGACAGCACAACACAGGAUGACAGCACAACAAAGAAUGACAUCACAGCACAGGAUAACAGCCCAUCACAGGAUGACAGCCCAACACAGGAUAACAGUGCAUCACAGGAAAUCAGCCCAUCACAGGAUGAUGUGACAUCACAGGAUUACAGCCCAUCACAGGAUGACAGCCCAUCACAGGAUGACAGCCCAACACAGGAUGACAGCACAUCACAUGAUGACAGCACAUCACACGAUGACAGCACAUCACAGCAUGACAUCACAUCACAGGAUGACAGCCCAUCACAGGAUGACAGCCCAACACAGGAUAACAGUGCAUAACAGGAUGACAGCCCAACACAGGAUAACAGCACAUCACACGAUGACAGCACAUCACAGCAUGACAGCCUAUCGCAUGAUGACAGCCCAUAGCAGGAUGACAGCACAUCACAGGAUGACAGCACAACAAAAAAUGACAUCACAUCACAGGAUGACAGCCCAUCACAGGAUGACAGCCCAACACAGGAUAACAGUGCAUAACAGGAUGACAGCCCAACACAGGAUAACAGCACAUCACACGAUGACAGCACAUCACAGCAUGACAGCCUAUCGCAUGAUGACAGCCCAUAGCAGGAUGACAGCACAUCACAGGAUGACAGGACAACAAAGAAUGACAUCACAUCACAGGAUGACAGCCCAUCACAGGAUGACAGCCCAACACAGGAUAACAGUGCAUCACAGGAUGACAGCCCAUCACAGGAUAACAGUGCAUCACAGGAUGACAGCACAACACAGGAUAACAGCCCAUCACAGGAUGACAGCCCAACACAGGAUAACAGUGCAUCACAGGGUGACAGCCCACCACAGGAUAACAGUGCAUCACAGGAUGACAGCCCAUCACAGGAUGACAGUGCAUCACAGGAUGACAGCCCAUCACAGGAUGACAGCCCAACACAGGAUGACAGCCCAUCACAGGAUGACAGUGCAUCACAGGAUGACAGCCCAUCACAGGAUAACAGUGCAUCACAGGAUGACAGCCCAACACAGGAUAACAGUGCAUCACAGGAUGACAGCACAUCACAGGAUGAUGUCACAUCACAGAAUAACAGCACAAAACAGGAUGACAUCGCAUCACAGGAUAACAGCACAACACACAAUGACAGUGCAUCACAGGAUGACAUCUCAUCACCGGAUGACAGCCCAACACAGGAUGACAGCCCACCUCCGAAUGACAGCCCAUUGCAGGAUGACAGCGCAUCAGAGGAAGACUGCACUUCACACGAUGACAGCACAUCACACGAUGACAGCACAUCACAGCAUGACAGCCUAUCGCAUGAUGACAGCCCAUAGCAGGAUGACAGCCCAACACAGGAUGACAGCCCAACACAGGAUGACAGCACAUCACAGGAUAAAAACCCAUCACUGGAUGAGAGCACAACACAAGAUGACAUCACAUCACAGGAUGACAUCGAUGACAGCGCAUCAGAGGAAGACGGCACUUCACAGGAUGACUGCCCAUCACAGGAUGACAACCCAUCACUGGAUGACAGCACAUCACAGGAUGACAGCCAUGGGAUAUGGGGAAUUGUAUAUAUAAUCACAUAUAAGUUUGUUUACUUUAAUUACCAUGUUUUCAAUGAUACAUAA